AUGUCGACAUUUGAUGGUAUCGUUGAAGAGUUUCCAGACAUUCGCAUUGACUAUUUCCGGAAAUCUCCCGACAGGCCUGCUCCACUGGCCUGUUUUCUCAGUCAUGUGCAUAGCGAUCAUUUACAGGGCUUGGAGUCCUUUCGAGCCCCAUUCAUCUACUGCUCACAGGCCACACGAGAACUACUCCUCCAUAUUGAAAAGUAUCCUCACCGGAUGAACUUUAACAAGGGCAUCUUGGAGUCACGCAGACUGCACUAUAAGCAUCUUGCAAAGCUUCUCCGCCCAAUACCAAUAAACACACCAACGGAAAUUGAACUCACACCCCGACGGCGUAUCAGGGUGACCUUGUUUGAUGCCAAUCAUUGCACGGGAGCUGUGAUGUUUCUGAUCGAAGGCGAUGGGAAGGCAAUCGUCUACACAGGUGACAUUAGAUCCGAGACAUGGUGGGUGAACAGCCUGAUCCGUCAUCCGAUCUUGAUACCGUACACUUUAGGCCAGAAACGCUUGGAUAAGUUGUAUCUGGAUACAACCUUUGCAACCGCAAGAAAAUUAUUCCGCCAGUUUCCUUCCAAGGCGGAGGGCUUGGCCGAGCUGCUACAGAAAGUCCAAGCCUAUCCCGAUGACACGGUCUUUUACUUCCGUGCCUGGACAUUCGGGUACGAGGAUGUAUGGGUGGCACUUUCGGCAGCAUUGAACACGAGAGUACAUGUGGAUCGUUAUCAAAUGGGCCUUUAUCAGUCUCUAAUCCGGACUCCUGGAAACAGGGGAGUCAGCGAAGCACCAGCUCUCUGUGGCUUUGAGCUUGGGAAUCGGGCUGUAGCAGGCUGUCUGAGCAAUGAUAUGUCAAGCCGAAUUCACAGCUGUGAGCCUGGAAUCUCGUGCGCGACAGCUCGCGGGCCUAAGACGGUCUACAUCGAGCCAAUUGUGAAUCGCACACCCAGCGGUGCGGAAGUUCCAGAGGUCGGCGCGGGCGGUGGCAUUGGGGAUUUGUCCCAAACGCAUGAACUUGAGCUGCCAGAUGAGUCUGCCCUGGCCGAGUUGGAGAAGCUGUGUCUCCAACACAUCCAGGACGAACAAGCGCUGUCGCAGAUGCGCGGUGCACUUCUGGAUGCUUUCCGGUCAAGAAGGAAAGCGCUCUCGCUUGAUACAUAUGGCGUGAAAGAAGAGGGCGAAAUUCCAUUGAAGAACCUGGUAACGGCUCUAAGUCACGGUCCAUCGGAAAUUUCUGGCGGGGCCACGACAGACUUGCCUAACACGAUACACUUCCCAUAUUCACGACACUCUUCCUAUGCCGAGCUUUGUGAGCUCGUUGCUGCCUUGCGGCCCAAGGAUGUUUAUCCAUGCACUGUGGAUCCGGCGACCUGGGAUGAACAUGUCUCUAUCGGGCAUUUGUUCGGCCACCUUUGUUCAGGAGACGACUUUUCGCACGACAAUCACAUGCGACAGACUGUAGCUAACGACGUUGAUGAUGAGGGGAAUUUGCGUCCGAGGAAAAGGGUCCGUUACGAUGUGGAAUUGGAUCCCUCCACUCAGUCCACCCAAGAAACCAACAGUGACAUUGAGGAUCUCAUACCAGGUCCCGCCGAUGCAACUCAGGACCAGGGCCCAAAAGAGGACCCCCCUCAUCCGUUGAACCAGGCCCAAGAAGCAGCCAGGGUCAGACGCAACGAAAUUCGUCGAGCACACCACUAUCUGCAAGAGCACGCAGACCCCGAGCUUUUCCGGGUCAACAGUCUCCCGUCUAAUUGGCCAACAGAAGCAGAAGACAGGUUCGACCGGGCCAGUGAAGACGGUAAAGAAGAGGUCACGGUUCUCCCUGAACGAUCAGCUCAAGAUCCUGCAGCUGCAGAGCGCCCACUCGAUCCUGAGAACACCACAUUAGCAAAGACCAUCGACUUGACUGAUGAUGAAAUCACGUCUCCUUCCACAAUCAUGCAACAAGCUGAUAGUCAACAGACGGACGUAUUCAAUCUUUCAGUCUCUGAAUCUGCAUUUGACUCCCAGGAACUCGGAUUCGUUGUUGAUGAGCUGCGAGAUCCUGAGCGAGGACCAGACAGUUUGCGCCGCUCGCGCCAGGCUCGUGUUGCUGCUUACCUGGCUGCGCGGGAAGGCACUUAUUCUGCGUGGAGAGAAGUGUCACUUGUUUCGGCGGGUGACAACCAUGCCGAAGAGGAGAUUGAGCUAUAG